AUGUCCGCACCCUCUCACCGCCCGCUUGUCGGCGACCCCGCGGCUGAUUCCCUUACCGAAGACCAGGUCGCCGAAUUCAAGGAGGCUUUCUCUCUCUUUGACAAAGAUGGCGAUGGUCAGAUCACCACUAAGGAACUCGGCACUGUCAUGCGCUCUCUCGGCCAGAACCCUUCCGAGUCGGAGCUUCAGGAUAUGAUCAACGAGGUUGAUGCCGACAACAACGGCACCAUCGAUUUCCCCGAAUUCCUCACUAUGAUGGCCCGCAAGAUGAAAGAUACCGAUUCCGAGGAGGAAAUUAUGGAAGCUUUCAAGGUCUUCGACCGCGACAACAACGGCUUUAUUUCCGCUGCUGAGCUGCGACACGUCAUGACUUCCAUCGGUGAGAAGCUCACUGAUGACGAGGUGGACGAGAUGAUCCGUGAGGCUGAUCAGGACGGCGAUGGCCGUAUUGACUAUAACGAGUUUGUCCAGCUCAUGAUGCAAAAAUAG